AAGGAGCUGGCCCUUGGACAGAAGGAGCUGGCCCUUGGACAGAAGGAGCUGGCCCUUGGACAGAAGGAGCUGGCCCUUGGACAGAAGGAGCUGGCCCUUGGACAGAAGGAGCUGGCCCUUGGACAGAAGGAGCUGGCCCUUGGACAGACCUAA